ACAUGUAAAAGCCAGCAGAUUGCUUUAAUUUGAUGCCCUGUAUACAAUUCCAUAAAGAAAAGUUGAUUAACUGUAUUUUUAUUCCAGUAUAAGCUUUUUCCUAAUGAUCUAUCUAUCUUCUAUCUUAACAGUUGUGAUUUUGCAUUGUAGGACUUAUAUUGGCAGCAACAGGGCAAGUAGAAACGUAUCUUAGCAAUCAUCAGAAUGGAAGUCUAUAAGAAACUUGUCCAAGUCUCAAUACCUCAGCAUUACUUAUACAAGGUAUUCCAUUAUCUUUUCUUUUUAUUAUUAAUUUUUUUUGUAAGUUAUUUUGUUACAUGGAGGACCAAGGUCAUAAACAGAAACUAACAGAGGAACCCUGUGACAAGACCUGAUACAGCGGAGGAUUCACCCUUUGAGUCGCAUCAUAUUUAGCUAAUAGUAACAAAUCAGUCUGUAGUUUCCAGGGUAGGUUAGUUUUUGAGAUGAUAAGAUUAGAGGAAACCUUGAAUUCUAAAAAUUUGUCAUACUGUUCCUUUGAUCCUAUUGAUUGUGCUUCUUGGGCCCUGUUGGUUUAGAUUUAGACUUCACACAGUCAGCUUUGGGGUGGCAAGAACAGACUUGAGCUGCAUCAUCUAGUUGAAAAUGUAAGGAAGACAAAAAAUUAAGACUGACUAAAUGUUGAUUGAACUACAAUUUUUCAAGCAACAUAUGGACUAGAUCUAAUGGUGAUGCUUAUGGAGGUAUUGUGAUCAUUCUAAUGUUAUUACCUGUGAAUUGAUUUUUAGGUCUGGAGAUUUUUAAUAAAUUUUGCUGACGUUCUGGGGCUUUGGCCAUUUAUGCUGGAUGAAUUUAUUCAAGCUUUUCAUGAUUAUGAUCCAAGGUUGUUAGGGGAGAUUCAUGUAGCUCUUCUAAGAUCCAUAAUUAAAGAUAUUGAGGAUGUAGCAAGGACACCCUCUUCGACUGGGCUGGGAGUAAAUCAAAAUGCUGCUGCCAAUCCUGGAGGUGGCCAUCCACAGAUUGUUGAAGGGGCGUAUGCUUGGGGCUUUAAUAUAUGCAGCUGGCAGCGCCACUUAAAUCCAUAUUGCGACAAUUUGCUUUAUCUGUUGGAUUUGGGCCAAAAUUGA